AUGGACAUCUACACAUACUUAACAGAAGACGUCUUGAACCAGUUCCAAGACACUGGAACGGAGAAUCUUAUCCAAGUGAUAGAUUCUGGCGAUGCCAAUGCCACGGCCAUGAUCUUCACCGAACUCCUCAUGGUGUUUGAAGAUGGAAAUCUCCCCCAAGAUUCAAUUUUUCAGUUUUUGUCCCAAGCUAUAAAACAAGAAACCACCGCUGAAAUCUUCUGUCUGGUACUAAAUGUGUUCCCGUUAUCGACUCCGGUCAAGGAGCUUAUCACUAAUUUGGUCCAACAGUCCAAAGUCAUCAAAAUAUCCACGUUAUCACGUACGAUCAAGUUCGAUACCUUAUUGUCAUUAGGCUUAAUCCCCGAAUCAUCCAACCGUCAGCUCGCUGGACGUAAACGAGACGAAUAUUAUACCCAGAAGAAGUUCAACUUGGUCCAUGAGGAAGUAGAAGGGUUCUGUCGACUCAUUGCUGAAGUUAAUGGCGUGUUACGAAGUGAAAAUAGUGAAUUCCAGGUGGAGUUCGCCAUAAAAAUGGUCCAAAGCUUAAUGGGUCAUUAUGGACUUGACCCUAAUAAAGUAUUUGAUGUGUUGGUGGACAUAUUUGCUAACAAUUUUGUGGGGAAUCAAACAUUUGUCAUUGAUUUCUUCAAAAAAUCACCUUGGUGGCCACAAAAACCUGCUUCUAAUGCCUCCAUGUUAUCCCUCCACGAAGGUGGAGACCAUGAAUUGUCUAAACUCGUGGGGUUUAAGCUCGCUCGAUAUGGUGAAGAUAAAGUUUUACCGGAAACAUUGAAAUUACUUGUUUCAGUAUUGAUCAAAGAAGGUUUAUUGAAUUUCGCUGUCGUCUAUAAGUUCUUGCUAGGUGAUGAAGCUAUGCCUAAGCUAGAACAGUUGUACAAAAAGAAGCUUGAUGAUGAGGUUUUCCAAUCAACUGCUAGUGCUUUGGCUUUAGCCGCACCGUUAUUGGACGAUGAUGAUGACUCCACCACCACCAAAACGUCUACCAAGGCCCAAGAGGCUGUAGAACAACCAUUGGAUGUUCAAAUCAACGGAAACAUGAAGUUCCAAAUGCUUCGUCUGUUUUUAAGUAUAGGUUUAUACUGGCCAUCAAUCUAUAUCUUGACCGAAUACCCCUUCAUGGCCAAGAUAGAUGCAGAAACUCGAGAAUUGAUGUUCCGUCUAACUCACCACAUGAUCUCCCCAUUGUAUAACCAACUUUCAUCCUUGGACUCCAAUGAUUUAUCCCAUUUACUGACGUCCAAAAAACUCCUCCACAGUCGUGGGGGUAAUGAGGUUUAUGGUAAAGAUUUUGAACAAACCACUUUACUUAGCUUCAAAGCAACCAUUCAGAGCUUUAGUCAGAAGAAGUUUAUAUUCUUCUACGAUGCAUGGACCCAAGGUUUACCAGUAAUUACCACCAUUGAUGAUCUUUUCCGUAUCCAUAGAGAAUUUCUCAAAUUUGUUGAUGUUUAUAUCGCCAAAGAUGUUUCGUUGUAUGCAAAAAUUUGUGACAUUGGUGCUAAUAGUCUCAUAAAUGCUGAAGAUACCGUGAAAGAUCAAUGGUACGUUUAUUACAGGAACUAUAUCUUCCCGGCCAUCUCCAUGGUUGAAGAAAACACGUUAAUUGUCGAUAAAGCAUUCAAAAUCCUUUCCUUUUACCCCAAAGAAACUCGUUUCAAUCUUUAUAGUGAACUCCAUCAAGUGUUGUCUAAGUCCAAUCCUCUUAUCAAGAUUGCUUAUGGUAAGGCGGAGAAAUCUACUAAGAAUGUAUUAAAAAGAUUGUCUAAGGAGACCGUUAGACCUAUGAUGAGACGUAUCGCUAAGAUCAGUUACUCUAAUCCACUACCUUGCUUCCUUACGGUACUUCAACAGAUAGAAAGUUAUGAUAAUUUGAAUACUUUAGUGGUGGAAACUGCUCGUUAUUUCAAUGACUAUGGUUGGGAUGUUCUUACUCUCGCUAUAAUGAUCAGGCUCACUGCCCCAGGUAGGUCGAACGUUCAAGAAAGUGGGCUUUUUGAACGUCAAUGGAUCCAAUCUUUGGCUUCAUUCAUCGGUAAGAUCUGUCAACGGUACCCCAAUGCUAUAGAUAUUGCUACUUUACUUGACUUCUUAUUGAAAUCAUUCCAUGCCAAUGAUACCGCGGGACUUAUUGUAUUAAAAGAGAUGCUUAUGGCUAUGGGAGGUAUUCAAGCCAUUCUGAAUCUCGCCCUAGAUCAAAUUUAUAAACUUAAUAGUGGAGAUUCCAUCAGAAAGUUGGUUUUCCAUACCAUCAACGAUACCAGAUUCGACCGAGUCAAGUCGGGGAAAGUGCUAGUGAAAAAUUUACUUGAUCUUGAUUGUGUUAAUGAACUUUUAGUGCUUUUGUGUCAAGUAAAUGAUGCUUCAGAUUAUGUUGAAGAUUCUCAUUUGAAGAUUUUGACCAAUAGGAAAGACGAUAUCACCAAUGUCAUUCAGUUGUAUGUGGAAUUGAUUCUGUUCUUUUCCGAUGGGGACCAACCUCAUCUUAUGGCCCUUCCUCAGCUUGUUAGUCAGUAUAAAGUUCCUAUUGAAUGGGGGUUUCAAAUCUGGAGACGGUACUUACCCAAAACGGAAAUGUCCGAGAUUUCCCAAUUAGCUCCUUCAGACUUAUCAGGUGACUUAUUCACUCUGUUCUGGAAAUUAGGAUUGUACGACAUCAACUAUCAGGAACUGUUUUAUGAAGAGGCAGCUAAGAAAGCAAAGGAUACAGUGAACCUGUUGAGAACGGAAUCCAAAAGUAAAAAGUAUAAACCUGUUCAUGUGUUGGACAAAUUACAUGAUGAUUUGGUUGCUGCCGAAACCAUGGAGUCAAAUAUUUCAGAAGAUAAAAAAGUUCAUUAUGAACAUCAUCAAGAAGUUUUCAAACUUUUCACUGCCUCCAAUUGGUUCAAUGAUAAUGAAGGUAAAUUCCUUGAAGCAUGUAUUUUACCACGAUCAAUUCAUUCUUCCUUUGAUGCAGUAUACUCAGCCAAGUUCUUAGUAACGUUAGUCAAUUCCAACGUUACUGGGUUUUCAUUAUUCAAAAUCUUAGAUAUUUUGAUCAAUGGAUCUAUCGUGGGGGGUACUAUAUUUACCUCCACGCCUUUGGAGGCAGAAAAUUUCGGACUUUUUUUCGCUGAACUUUUAACUACCUUAAGUUCAUGGACCCAUGAUUAUAAUGAUAAUUUGGGGAUAGGCUUUUCCGAAUUCAAGACCAAAGUUUACAAUUAUCAUCAAUGUAUUCUUGAGAAACUUACCAAGAAUCUUGAAUCUGUUGAUUAUAUGAGUAGAAGAAACUCUAUCACCUUCUUGAAGAACAUAAUUGGUCUUUAUCCAGUAGUAGAAGAUCAAUGUGAAGUGUUAGCAUCAUUAAUAACUAAUAUCAUUGAUACAGAGACCCGUGAUGACUUGAAAUUGGCUGCUAGUGCCUUAGUGGGACAUUUGAAAUCCCGUUCCAAGUCAUGGUUGCCACUUUGGGAGUUCAUAGAUAUGGAUGAAGAAGCUCUUGAGAAACAUAAAGCUGGAAGAGAUGAGAAGAAGAGAGUUGAAGCUGAGAAGAAAGCUAAAGAAGAGGAAGAAAGAAAGAAAGUGGAGAAAGAAAAGGAAGAUAAGGAAAGACUCAAACAAACGUUAGAUUAUUAUUCUAAUGUGGUUGGUGCUCGUGGAAGUAGGGAUACUGGGUCUAAGAACAGAUAUGACAAGUAUUCAGAGUAUCAAGAUAGAGAGAGUUCGGAGACUCCUGACGUGGGGGAUGAAGUGGAGGAUAAAGUGGAGGAUAUGGAAGUGGAUGCUGGUGAAGAGCCUGAGGUUGAGGUUGAGGCUGAUGUUGAAGGUGAUAUUGAGACUGAAGGUGAUGCUGUUGUAGAUGAGGCUGCUGACACUGCUGAGGUACCUGAGGUACCCGAGUCUGUUGAACCUGCUGAACUUAAUGAACCUCAAGAAGAUGCUGAACCUCAAAGUGAAACUGAACCAGAAGUCACCCCACAACCACAGGAAGAACAAGAAGAACAAAAAGAUCCAGAACAAGAAGAACAAAUAGAACCAGAACAAAUAGAACCUGUCCAAGAAAAACAACCAGAACCCGUGGAAAAACCUGCUCCAGAAUCUUCUAUAAAACGUGGCGGUCCUUUGAAACCUCAAGCUUCCACUACAGGACGUAAGUUCUACGAUUCCAACUACUAUGGUCAAAACACAAACUAUCGUGGAUAUAACGGUAACUACAAUCGUAAUCCGGGUCCUCGUAAUAAUGGAGCUCGUUCUCGUCCUUCAGGUCCUUCCAACCCACCUCCAGGCCCAGCACCUUCAGGUCCAAGAUCAGCACCUCGUGGUCCACCAAGGGGUCCCAGUGCUCCUUCAAGACCUCCUUCAGGUCCAAACUCAAGACCUACCACCCCCUCAGGUCCUCGUGCCCCUGCUGGUCCUAAAGCUCCUUCUGGUCCUAAAGCCCCUGCUUCUCGAGCCCCUGCUGGUCCUAGAAACCCCCCACCUCGAACUUUUGACCGAUCACAACCAAAAUCUCGUGGUCCCCCACCUCCUCCCCCACCUGGAGGUCCAACCAAAAGAAAAAACCCCACCGAUAAUUCUAAUGAUGCCAAACGUCGUAGAUAUUAA